AGGCGCUCGCCUGCCCGCUCCGUUGACCCAUCGCCCUGCUGCGUAGCUGCCUCCUUCACUGCGCCUCCGCAGCCCCCUUGCUUCGCCUGGUCCUCCUCGCCUUGGAUCCGGCCCGUGCUCGGCUGGCCCUCUCACUCGGCCUGGCUGCGGGCGCUCGGGCUCUCUGGCUGGGGCUCGGGCUGUUUGCCCUGUGAGGUUGACUCCAAAAAAAAAGGAGAAAGAACAGGAAAAGAAGAGAGCUCGGCAAUGUCUUCUUCGGGAUAUGUGGCUGUUCCUCGCUGCUCCGUGAUCUUUGAUGGCACCAACUAUGCUGAGUUUGUUGGCUUCAUGCGUAUCCAUAUGCGCGGCCUUCUGCUGUGGGGCGUGCUCUCUGGCGAGGUACCCUGUCCGCCCUGCCCUGUUGCUCCGGUGGCUCCUGUUCCGCCGGUUCCGCCGGUGCUUGCUGCUGAUGCUUCUCAGGCUGAUCGGGAUGCAGCCAAGGCUCUUGAUGAUGCUGCAGUUGAUGCGUAUGAUCAGCAGGUAUCCGCAUACUCUGAUGCUCUUUCCGUCUACCGGGAUGAUCUGUCUGCUUACACGUGGUGUAAUGAUGAUGCUCGUGCUGCUGCUGUUCUCACUGCGAGUGUCCUCCCUCAGUUUGCUUCGGAGUUCAUGGGCCUCGGCACUGUUGCAGCGAUGUGGUCCUACCUUUGUCAGCGCUAUCAGCCCUCUGGUGAUGCUCUAUACCUUUCUGUGGUGCGUCAGGAGCAUGCUCUCCAGCAGGGUGACUCGUCUGUUGAUGAGUUCUAUUCACAGUGCUCUGCCAUCUGGCGUCAGCUUGACUCACUACGGACAGUUGUUUGUGGCACUUGCCGUUGCUGUCAGACUACGCGGUCUGACUUGGAGUUUCAGAGGGUUCAUGAGUUCUUAUCUCGUCUCCGCUUCAAGUUUGAGCCCCGACGUGCUCACUUGCUAGCAUGAUCAAAGCGAAUAUGGCCCUUGCUCACUCCUCCAUUACUUGAGACACCUUCGGAGAAAACGAGCCAGAGCCCGAGCCGGAUUAGUUUUCUAUGCUUUCUUUCUUUUCUUUGGGAAAACUACUUUCCCUGUCCUGUACUCCCUCCAAUCCAUUUUACUUGUCUUAGAUUUGUCUAGAUACGGAUGUAUCUAACACGUAGUAAUAUGGAUUGGAAGGAGUAACUGACAUUAUAUUGAUUCCCCUCUGAAAUGCAUUGGCAGUACAACUGCCUGUUCCUUUAACAAAACAAUAUGAUCACGAUCACUUACUGCAUUUUGAAACCCUUGAGUUUAGUGGCACAUCAAAUAUUCAAAUCUGGUUCAUAUAACUUCGGCAAACAAAGUUCCAAGCACAUUGUUGCUUCAGCGGAUAGUCAAUAAGCAUACCUUUAUUUAAAUUGAGCAAUACAGGUUCAUUGUUCGGGUAAAAGAUCAAUUUCCCACAUACGUAGUUUAAUUUUUGGAUCCUUGUUUACCAUUCAUGUUCAUUGUUCGGGUAAAAGAUCAAUUUCCCACAUACGUAGUUUGUGAGAUGACUACUUCAUAUUUGUAGCGUAUUAUUAGAUGGUACUCUCUCCAUUCCAAAAUACUCGAAGUUUUAGGUUUGUCCUAACAUUUUUUAGUUUGACCAAGUUUAUAGAAAAAUAUACCAAUAUC